CCGAAGCUGAUCCCAGAAUUUUGGAAAUUCCUUUUAACCAUACCUGGGCUUAAUAUUUGCACUCAGAAUCAACAAGGUUAUACUCCUCUGCAUAUUCUUGUCCAGUCAAAGCUCUACUAUGUUAUGGGAAUGAUUAAGAAAUACCUGGACCAUCUUACUAAUGUAAGCGACAAGGUGAAUUUAAGAAAUGGAAAUGGAAAAACUGCAAUUCAGUUAGCUGAUAGAAGUACUUCUUAUCUUCUAAUCAAGUAUGGUGCCAACCCUGAUGAUGUCUCUGCUUUGUAUAGUGAUAUUCUCAACAGAUUCAAGAAAGAGCACCCACUAGAACCGUCAAUUAAGAUAGUUGUUCUUGGUAAUUCAAAAGCAGGGAAGUCAACACUCAUUGAAACAAUAAAGAGACAAGAUUUACCUACUGCCUCACAACAGAAUUGUACACAUGUUGAUGGUCCUACUGCUGGAGUAAAGAGUACUGAUCACACCAGUAAUGUUUUGGGACAUGUAACUUUUCACGAUUUCGGUGGACAACCUGAGUUUGAAAGUGGAAAUGCAGUAUUCUUAAGGACUUCAGUCUCCAUUGACUAUCCACCUAUAUUUCUAUUGCUGGUUGAUGUUCGUCAAGACUUUGUGAAAAGCGCUCAGUACUGGUUCUCUUAUAUAAAAGACAACACACCCGUUCAGUUGGAAACGCCCCCUCAUGUUAUCAUACUUGGUAGCCAUAGUGAUAGCAUUUCCGUAACUGACCAAGACAAAGUGAAAAAACAUAUUGGAUCUGUAAUGAGAAGUGUUGGUUCAGGAAAAUUUAAAUUGAAUGUCGCUGAUCCAAUAAUUCUAGACUGUCGAGCAGUAGGCUCUGAGCAAAUAAAGGUGUUAAGCCAAGUGCUAGCUGACAGCAGCACACAAUUGCGACACUUGCUAGAAGUUGACUGUCGUUGCCAUAUCCUCAUUGCUCAUUUAUUAGGAUGGUAUCACCAACAACACCCUGCUGUUAAAUCUGUUAAAUUCGAAGAAGUUAAAAAAAAAAUUGAGUCUUCUACUGUUAAUGAUUAUCAUGACGUUUUACUUCCAGCUACUACCCGUGAUUUAUUAGCUCUUCUAAAAUGCCUUCAUUCUGGGGGACAUAUCAUCUUACUGAAUCCUGACGACAUUAAUAGUUGCUGGAUUGUUUUGGACAAACAUUUUUUGUUUGAAAUGGUAAAUGGAACUUUGUUUGCUCCUCCUGAUGAUGACGGUUUUGAUCACGUGACUAAAGUGCAAACAAACACUGGUGUUGUUACUAGCAGUAUGCUCAAAUCUCUUUUCAAAACGAGUGAAAUUGAUCAUAUUAUCGAGUACAUUACCUACUCAGAAUUUUGUCAGAAGAUAGAAGACGAUGAAACUGUUACGCUGAUUGAAGCUGCUUGUUCUAGCAGCACAAAGUCAGCAAUGCAAAUCGAAUGUGAAGAGAGUGGACAUGUGUCAAGCGUUGAAGUAACUAGACAGCAAUUGAAAGAGGAGUAUUUUUUUCUUCCAUGUCUUGUACGAUGUGAACACCCGGAUCAUGUUUGGAGUGAUGAUGAACAUACAUCACAUACCGGUACUUUCAGUUGGUAUAUGAAAUGCAACAGAUCUCACUUCUUGAAUCCAAGGUUUUUGCAUGUGCUACUGCUGAGACUAACUUUCGACUUUGUCACCCAAUCCAAUUCUGAGCCACUGCAACGUAAAUGCAACAUAUGGAAGAAUGGUAUUCACUGGAGCACAAGGUCUGGAGUGGAGGUGUUAGUCGAAGUCGUUGAGCAAAACACUGCUGUUGUACUCUUGUUGCGCUUUAUUGAUGGGCACGAGUUGAAAGGAAUAGAACUUCGGUCUAAAAUAAUCGAGAAAAUUCUUCACACCAAGGAAGAAUUUUGCCCAAGUUCUGAAGUCAUGGAAUUUGUAAUUCCUCAAUAUUUGAGCUAUCCAGCCAAUUUUUGCGAUGUACGAAAAGUAUCAAUCGGUGAAAUUUCCCAGGCUAUGUCUGAAGGCAAUCCUUGUGCUUUUGAUUCAAACCAUAAAAGUCAUAAAUUGAAGUCAAUUCUACACUAUGACUCGUAUCUUCAAUUUGAUCACAGUCUUAUCGAGUAUUUGUGGUCGAACGAUGAUGAUCAGACAGAAGUUCCAUCUGAACAACUGUCAAAACUCACUAAAAUGCCAACUGGUGAACAAAUGAGAGUACUGGGACAAGAACUUGUUAUACAAAUUGAAGGCCAGGAGAAAAUAUCUUACAGGAAGCUCCAUGAAAUAUUGGGAAGUUUUACUAUCUUUUGCAAUCGGAAUCCUUUGAAAUUAGCCUCAGCGAAGAUCCCAGAAAUGUACAAAGAAUCUCGAUGGCAGCCCAAUGUUAACACACCCAGCUCCAGUAUAGUCACACAAAGGCUGCAGGACCACAUCAUAGGAUCUGAUAACCCUCUGCAAAGCCUACCUCCACACUCAACAGUGAGCCAGGAUUCUCAAAUAACCAAUGUUAUUAUUCCAACGAUCACCGAAAAGAUUGGCUCUUCUGUUGUGUCUCUCCCAACUAGUGCACCUGUAACGUACAGUACCUCAGGACCUUGUAAGGUGACUGUGAAUGAGCUAAAGAAGCAAUUUAAUAUUAGCGAUGAUCAACUUGGCAAUAGAGUCGAAAAAUCUGACAUUAAGAACUUGGCUUCUUUUUUUGGUGAUGUAGAACUCUAUCUCCCAGGCUUACGUCUGUGUGAAGCAGAUGACGCAGAUGUCCGAACAGCAGUUCACCUUCAUGGCAAUCAAACUGGAAUGAACAAAGCUCUUACCAUUUGGAUUAACUCGUAUAAAGCAACUUUCAAAGAUUUGAUUUCUAUCGCUUUGGAUGUACGUAAAGCAAUUGUGGCUGAAAGGAUUUGCAAGCAUUUGCAGCAAAACAAUCACAGUGAAUCCAGUCUACCAAGUAGUUCACCCCCCUAAACGACCAAGGCGUGACCCAGACAUGCGAUAGGAUUUUGUACACUUUCAACAUAAUUAGGAGUAUAGUUACUGCACCUGUCAAUAUUUUUUGACCCACAAUUUUGUAUAGUAGCUACAGUUUACGUACACUAUCUAGUUGACCUCAAUAUACACUUAUACUGAAACUGAACUUAUAAUGUUAUUAAGGUGCUCAGUUUUUUUCUUUAUAGAUUAUAGUACAUGUCUAGUUCAUAACCACUUGUACGUCUAUAGUUAAUUGGUAGUUUAUAUGUAAUUAUACCAUCUUUCUAUUGAUCAAACAUCAGCACAAUGUUUAGAUUAAGUUUACAUACCAUCUUUCUAUUGA